GGGGAAAAAAGGAUCAGAAGGAGGGUCGGCCACGCAAUCAGAGUCCCCUUUUUUGUGUAGAGCGUGGUCCAGACUGAGACUCAGCGCCAUAGCCAGCCAUAGCCAUUGGAGUGGCGAUGUCACUGUGCGAGAGGCAUGGAUUCUCUGUAACCCAAACGGGAAAUUAAGCACCAACCCAAGGUAAAUAUAACUCCCAAUUUCACACCCAAUUCCAAUUCCUCCCUUUUUGAGGCCCUACCUCUCCUCUCCUCGCCAAAUCUGAUUGCUCACGAGUUUCCCCAUUACCAUUGCUAUUGCCAACCGACCCUGAAAAUUUCAAAUCUCGCUCCUUCCAGAGGGAAAACCUUGGAAACCCGAACGCCCCACGGAGAUCGACUAUGGUUUCUUACGUGAGCGCGUUGUUCUACGGCGUUGGGGGCUUGGUGGUCGCCGGAAUGGCGUUGCUUGUCGCCUUCCAGGAGAGGCUGGUCUAUGUGCCAGUUCUUCCGGGUCUUACUAAAUCCUACACCAUUAACCCAUCUCGGCUUCGACUUGUUUAUGAGGAUGUGUGGCUUCGAUCUUCCGAUGGAGUCCGCCUUCACUCCUGGUUCAUCAGACUCUUCCCCGAUUGCCGAGGUCCCACCAUCCUUUUUUUCCAAGAAAAUGCUGGAAACAUUGCCCAUCGUCUUGAAAUGGUCCGUAUCAUGAUACAGAGGUUGCAAUGCAAUGUUUUCAUGCUUUCAUAUAGAGGUUAUGGAGCAAGUGAUGGUUAUCCUUCUCAGCAUGGAAUUAUAAGAGAUGCUCAGGCUGCACUGGAUCAUCUUUCUCAAAGGACGGAUAUUGACACAUCUAGAAUAAUAGUGUUUGGAAGGUCGCUCGGGGGUGCAGUUGGAGCAGUCCUUACCAAUAAUAACCCCAACAAGGUUGCUGCACUGAUAUUGGAAAAUACUUUUACAUCUAUUUUGGAUAUGGCUGGAGUUUUGCUACCCUUUCUAAAGUGGUUUAUUGGAGGCCCUGGAUCAAAAGGUCCCAAGGUUCUCAAUUUUCUUGUGCGUUCUCCAUGGAGUACCAUUGACGUAGUUGGAAAGAUUAAGCGGCCAAUCCUUUUCUUAUCUGGAUUACAAGAUGAGAUGGUUCCCCCAGUCCACAUGCAGAUGCUGUAUGCCAAAGCAGCUGCUCACAACGGCCGUUGUCUCUUUGUUGAAUUUCCCUCUGGCAUGCAUAUGGACACUUGGCUAGCUGGUGGCGACGAUUAUUGGAGAACAAUUCAACAGUUUUUUAAUCAGCACGUACCGGAGAAUAGAGAAAGUGAAUCAUCAGGAGACGACAAAGCAUUUGACACCAGAUGACUCGAACGGGGGUUUUGAAUUAUAUUGAUUUGGUCUUCUUCUUCAAAUUGAAUGUGGCAUAUCCAGGAACUAGAACAGGGCUGCAGUUGAGAGUUAUCAGGCCAAGUGGAAUGUGAUGAUAGUAGUUAUCAAAUCUUUCCUCGGGAGGUUUUGUUUUUUCCUUCUUUUUUGGGAUUUUGGUUUUUAGGCUCUAGAUAUAUGGCAGAGUCAGAGUGCCACUUUUUAUGUACUAUUUGAAUUUCACCCAACUAAUUUUAGUUGUAUGAUAUUUUGGAAGGAAAAAAGAAAAAAAAAACAAAAAAAGCCAAUGAAAAUGCUAAUUUUUGUUUUUAUA